GGCUUCGUAUCCAACAUGGCCACCUGAUAUGUAGCAGACGAUACAGGUGGCAUGAAAGAUUGUAAAUAAAAUUCAUCGACUAGACUUAAUUAUGAGUGGGAGGCUGCAGCAGGAAACGCUCGUCGAGAAUGACCGUUUGGACGACGCAGUGGAUCCCAGAGUUCAGAUUGAACUCGAACGACUGAAUACAGCAACCGACGACAUCAAUAAGCUUGAAGUGGAUCUAGACGAGGCGAGAGCAACAUUUCGAGAAUUACUUUGCGAGUCCACAUUGAAGAUCGACAGUUUAGCAAAGAAGCUUGGUGCUUGCAUAGAAAAAUCCAGGCCCUAUUACGACGCAAGGUUCAAAGCAAUGGAGGCUUUACAAGAAACCCAGAGAGCAGCCAUUAGAUUUGAACGUGCCAAUAGUCAACACGCUGCUGCGAAGGAAAUGGUGUAUUUGGCUGAAGAAGGACUGAGAACGGAAGGCAGAUGUUUCGACCAUGCAUGGCAGGAGAUGCUGAAUCAUGCUACAUCUAGAGUUAACGAGUCGGAGCAUGAAAGGGCUAUCUCCGAAGCUGAGCACAGACACACUACAGCUCUCUAUCAUAGAGCAGAGCACCAUGUGCAAAGACUGCAACGAGAUUUGAAACGUUCAAUUGCUAAAUCCAGUAUGGGUGCACGUCGCAGCUUGCUUCUGAUAAACAGUAUCGCCUACAGACACAACUUGCUCAUGUUGCCUUAUUACGAGAUGAAGGCCCACUUCAAUCAAAUGCUUGACGAGCAGAAGAUGAGGGUUAGCGCUUUGGAACGUUCCGUCAGCGAAGCCAAAAUGACUUAUGCCGAGGCGUUGCGAAACCUGGAAAGAAUAAGUGAUGAAAUUCAUAGGACAAGGAAAUAUGACGGUCCUGAUGGCUUCGACAAACAUUCCACAGAAUUGGGGGAUCGCUCUUUGGGGCAGACGAAUACUGCGACGCCUACAGACUCCAGUGUGACCGGCUCACCAGACAGUACGGAUUACACUAGCGAUGAGUACCUGAGACUUCCUGAGAAGUUGAGCCCUAACCCACCGUGUCCUUUGCCUAAGAGAAUUGACAGAGAUCCUUCUUCGGAGUAUCUUGGCUUAAGCACUCUGAAUCUUUCUUCCACGGAGCCUCGGAAGUAUAUUAAACGAGAGCGACCCAGAAGCAUAGGUACCACUGAUAUGAAGCAAUUGGUACUGAUGCAGAACCAUAUAAGUUCAUCCUCUCCAAGACUGUCUGAUUUAACGAAGGUGACUUCAGCAGUGGAAAAGAGAGUUACCAUAGAGUCACCGAAACAGGGGAAGAGUGAAGCCACUGUUCAAAAUGGUGAAGAGUGGACAGAGAUUAGCCUGAAUAAUUCCCCUGAGGAAGUUUACUAUAACAACGACAUAUAUUCUGACGAGGAUGAUCAGAUCCCAUACAAGCCCCUACCUGCAGAUCUUAGUCCCGAAGGAUGCAAUACCACACCUUCUGGCUCAGAUGCUCAACCACUGAAUGAACAAACUGUUAGGAGAAAAUUAGUGACGCAGAAGUCCUUACCAGCAAUGCCAAGGACGAAUGAAGUUAGCCUUGGUGAAGAGAGGAAAGCUGAAGUCACGAGAAGUCCGUCAGUAAAGAGCAAAGCCAAGUUAGACAGCAGUUUAGCUAACUGGAUUUCCAGGAGUGCGGUCAACGAAGAAAUCACUUGUGAUGGCUCUGCAAGUUCCAGUAGAAGGCAGAGUCUAGACAUGUUGUGGAACACUGGGACAGGUGAACGAGUAAAAGAAUUAUUGAACCAUGGAAUGAUGAUGCUUAACAUAUCUAAUCUCACAGAGAGACGUGGUAGCGAAUCAAAGUGCGUAGAGAAGGAUAAAGGGAAGUCGGAGAAGGUAGAAGUGAAAGGAAAGAAAGUGCCGAGUCCUCUGGAGAAAACUUUGACUUACUUGAAUCCAGACGAAGAGACAUCCGAUAGCGAAAGCUUAGCCAGCGUGGAGAUGCUGACAGAGGAUCAGAUUACCUCACUCAUGAUGGAACAAGACAUGAAUCAAGUAUGUCAAGAGAUCCUGGGUACUCCUUUGGUCGAAGUCUGUCCACUGCUGCAGCAGCUGCAGCAACGACAGUAGUGCUCGUCCCUCCAGGACUCGUCAAGUUGGCGAGACAAAAGUGUUCAAAGUCGCGAGUCUAGGCUAGAGUAAUCACAGUUUAGUCUCCCGUUACCUCCAGGAGUCUCGUUGACGAUAAUUUUAUUCUCCCUGUUGCUGCAGAUCUCUUGAUCCCGUCUCGUCUUCGUUCCGAUCCAUUUGAAUCGGUACCUGGUGCCAAGGGCAAAAUCGACCUGAUAAGAAUCAAAUAUCUUCUAUAUCGUGGUGGUGAAUUUAGUCCAUUUCAUUGUUUACUGUUGUUAUUAAUUUUGUUAUAGAUUAUUUUGUCAGUAGCUGUUUACAGGGUAGAAUAGUACAUUUAUUGCAAUUGCUCUUUCAUUACGCUUAUUUAUCGUUUUAAAAGAAGAUGCAGUCGUAGCUUUUAAUUUAUGCAAUGUUUUUAUAAGGUGUUAGGUUUAUUUACAGAAGCCUAAUCAAUGAUUAAUAGCAUAAAAGUACUAUUACUUCUAAGUGAAAGAAUUAUUCAUUAUAUAGGAGCUUAGGGUCAUGUUCUUUAUUCUUGUUUAAAUUCAUUUAGAGAAAAAAUUAAAUUUUUGCAUAGAAUAUUCUUACUGGAUAGACAAAAGUCUCCCAGGUUUAGUCAUUUGGAUAAAUUCUCAAGUAAGUAGUCAAAGAAUUAGGAGCAUAAUUUCUUUGUCAAAGCAAUAUGUAGUCAAUCAUAGGGAACCGAGCAUCCAGAUUGCAUCUGCCACGAAAUCUUUUUUCAAUGAAAGUUGUAGGUAAUUACACUAUUGAAUGAAAAGGUUGUUGUUGCAGAUAUUUGGGCGUGAAGAUCUACCCAGCCUUAGGGACACAGGUCAAGGGAAUAACUCGGUAUUCCUUUGAAGCAAGUUAAAUGCUUGCAGAUGCGUACCUUAAUUUUUAGCUUACACAAAUCACAAGGGUUACAAGGUAACCUUAUGCUAAUGUACAUUACCUCUUAUGCUAGUCUUAACGCCGAAACAAAAUUCUUGAUCUAUGAAUGUAAUUUCCUCGUUUACGAGGAAUAUUGCCUGUGAGACAUUCAAUAUUCUAUUAAAAUGAAGAUGAGCCAGAAAUGUAGUUCCUAAUGCACAGCGUCGAGUUUUCACCAUGCAGUGUAACGACUCUCAUCUCUGGUUUACAUCUUACAGAGGAACCAUCAUGUGUCGCGCCUUUAAUUAGUUUCUCUUCCAAAGACUAAUAUACUUCAUAAGUUUAACGAAAAGAAUUUAUGACACUUCGAUUAAUUUAAUCCCUUGGUGACUUUGUUUAGAUUUAAAACAUAAAUAGCAAUAUAAAUUAACUCACAAAUAACUUUACCACUACGAUGAGUGGAACAUUAAUUAAGGAUUUAUGACAGAUAUUCCGAGUAAAUAUUGGAAUUACUGAACAGUUAAAAA